GGCAGCUUCCGUAGCGGUCAUCGGACUUGACGCAAACUCAAAAUCAUGGCGGAUGAAGUUGAGCAGCAACCAACGACCAACACCGUUGAGGAGCCACUGGAUCUGAUCAGGCUCAGUCUAGAUGAGAGGAUCUACGUCAAGAUGAGGAACGAUCGGGAGCUCCGCGGCCGGCUGCAUGCGUAUGACCAGCACCUGAACAUGAUCCUGGGAGAUGUGGAGGAGACGGUGACGACAGUGGAGAUCGAUGAGGAGACGUAUGAAGAACUUUAUAAGUCCACCAAGAGGAACAUCCCCAUGCUGUUUGUCAGAGGAGAUGGUGUCGUCCUGGUCGCUCCACCUCUCAGGGUGGGCUAACCCCCACCCCAUGCUGUGAAGGACAGCGUGUUGCAGCGAGUGCUGUCAUGACACGGCCCCCCACCCCGACCAUAGACUCUUAAGCCGCCAUCAUCCUCGUUAUGAACAUGAGCAGAACCUUUGUUUUGAUGGCUGUAAGAACGAAACGUUAGUUUUGAGCGAUGAAGCAGAAAAUGUGUGAAGUGAGAGCAAGUUUUUAUUUUUAUUUUGUUUGAAUAAAUGAUUCUGGACACAGUUGUGUUCAAAUCUGUCCACAGUGGAUUCCUCAUUUUACUUUACAGUUCAGAAA